AGUGGGUAACCCUAAAAUGAUGACAGUGGACAUGGGGAAACUUAUCCCAUCUCUCUCUUCCUCUCUCUGUCUCGCUCUCCCUCUCUCCUCUCCCUCUUUCACCCUCUUCUCUCUCUCUCUACCUCUGCCUCCCCCUCUCUCUCUCCCUCUCUGUCUCGUGCUCCCUUUUUCACCCCCCUUAUCUCUCUCUCUCUACCUCUGCCUCCACCCUGCUGUCCUCCUCUCCCUCUCUCUGUCUCCCCCUUCCCUCCGUACAGUGUCAAGUGCCGGGCUGUGUUUUAUUGCUCUGAAAAAUGCCAGAAAAUCGACUGGGUAAAGACCCCUGAUGACGUCAGUCACCAAAACUGGUGCUCCAAGCUGCAGGGCUACAUGACCCGCGAGAAGCUGCUGGCAAACUUACCCUUCACCUUCACACAAGAAGUGACCUCUGACACCUUCGACCAGGAGCGCUUCCUGUCCUCCAGAGCACUGAAUUGUGGGUACUGGGCGAAGCAAAGCAUGCUGGUCCAAGCCUUCAACUAUGAGCUGCUGCCUUUUUGGGAUCCCAGCACUGAGUGCACCCCCGUCUGUUUCCGAGGAAGGAUGAACCCUUAUGCCCCCCUGAAGAAGGAAGGAAGGAUCCUGAUGCAGACUGUCCCAGUCGCGGGUCCCAGUGUCAAAGCACCCCUGACCUCGUGGAGUGAUUAUUACGCGUGGCGUGGGUUUGAUCUCGACUCUCCCGUGGCGGCUCUGCUCUCCUGCCCGCUGACCAUCUAUUACAUCAUCACCUCCCUCGCCCCGCGCCACUUCCCUGAGCUCAAUAUCCUGACUAAGCAGUCCCUGAAGAUCCACAUCAUAGAAGGAGCAAAGGAGUUUGACAUGCUUCUGGUGUUCUGGGAGCUGUCCGUCCUGCUGCCGCACGUGGCCUUUGAGAUCCACUUCGUGGGGGAGGCACUGCCGAAAGAAGCCGACGAACAGCAGGCGGUCCUGCAGAGGAAGGAUGGUCACGUGACUCUGGUGCACCCCAACUUCGUCUCCGAGGAGAAAACGGACAAGAGGAUCGUCCGGGUCAAAGGUUACUCCCGGCCCUAUCACAUGCUGCAGGGACCCAAGCCUGACCUUGUGAUUGGGUUUAACUGUGGCUUUGGACUCAGUGACACCUGGAUCAGCUCCCUACCCAGACUGCAGUCCCUGAGGGUCCCGGCCUAUUUCUCGGAGUGCAGCGAGUACAGCUGUGCCGUGAGCCAGCAGAGCAUGAGCACAGCGACCGGGGGAUCUGUCAGCGAGGCCGGGGUUAACCCCUUCCGCUCCCCGCUGCGCGUCGCCGGGGGCGACAACAACAUGCCAUGGUACUCCAACGGUUUCCUCUUCCACCUGAUUUAUAAAGUCGCCCAGAACAGCAAACGUGAGCAGCAGCAAGCACAGAACCUACAGCACCCCCACCUGGUCAACCCCCACCAUUACACCCAGCCCCAGCACGGCAACCGUACCACCGCUGCCAGCAAUCCCAGCGGCCCCGCGGGCACGCCCCCCGACAGCGGCAAGCGGACGCGCAAGGAGAAGAAACAGGCACGCAACGCGGGGCGCCGGAGGAAGCAGUGAAUCA